CCCAUCUAUUGCGUGCGCGCUCUCUCUCUUUUCCUUACCCUCGCACUCUUUCAAAACUGCAUUUCGUUUUUUUAAUAUUAUUUUUUCCACACAUUUUCAGCUCCGCGAGCAUCAAAGUUAACCUACUCUCUUUGUUUUAUUUGACAAGUACACAACUACAUUUACCGCCAUUUGAACCAUGGAUGAGCAACUUAUCAAGACCGUGAACAAACUGCAGGACGCCUUCUCGACGGUCGGCGUGCACAACCCAGUCGACCUUCCGCAGAUUGUCGUAAUUGGAAGCCAGAGCAGCGGAAAGAGUUCGGUGCUCGAAAACAUUGUUGGCCGCGACUUUUUGCCACGCGGUACGGGCAUUGUGACCCGCCGCCCGCUCGUUCUCCAGCUUAUUAACCGUCCGGCGACAGUGGUUGUCGAGAAGAAAGAGGGAGAGGACGAGGAGAGCAAGGGCGAGGAGAACCCGAACGAGUGGGGCGAGUUUUUGCAUCUGCCUGGCAAGAAGUUUUACAACUUUGACGAGAUCCGCGACGAGAUUGUCAACGACACCGAGAGAAAGACUGGAAAGAAUCUCGGCAUUUCCCCUGUCCCGAUCAACCUGCGCGUGUUCUCGCCCAAUGUGCUGACACUCACGCUGGUGGAUCUCCCCGGCUUGACCAAGGUCCCCGUUGGCGACCAGCCCAAGGACAUUGAGCGCCAGAUUCGCGACAUGAUUUUGACAUACAUCACCAAGCCCAACGCCAUCAUUCUGGCGGUCACCGGCGCCAACACCGAUCUGGCCAACUCUGACGGCCUGAAGAUGGCCCGCGAGGUCGACCCCGACGGCACACGGACCAUCGGCGUUCUUACCAAGGUGGACCUCAUGGACAGCGGCACAGAUGUCAUUGAUAUUCUGGCCGGCCGCGUCAUCCCGCUGCGUCUGGGCUACGUUCCCGUCGUCAACCGCGGCCAGAAGGACAUUCAGACCAAGCGCACUAUCCAGUCGGCGCUCGAGAAUGAGCGCAACUUUUUCGAGAGACACAGCUCGUACCAGAGCAAGUCGCAGUACUGCGGGACGCCGUUCCUCGCGCGCAAGCUGAAUCUCCUGCUGAUGCACCACAUUAAAAUCACGCUUCCCGAGAUCAAGUCCAAGAUCUCAGCAGCGUUGGCCAAGUACUGCAGCGAGCUCGAGCAGCUCGGCGACCCACUGACAGAUGCCGCCGGCCAGGCAGCCAACACGACGCUGAGUAUCAUCACCGAGUUCUGCACUGAUUUCCGCAGCGCACUCGAGGGCCAGUCGACGGACCUCUCGACGUAUGAGCUGAGCGGCGGCGCGCGUAUCAGCUUUGUGUUCCACGAGAUCUUCUGCAACGGUGUCAAGUCCAUCGACCCGUUGGAGCACGUCAAGGACGGAGAUAUUCGGACAAUCCUGUACAACUCAUCGGGAUCGUCGCCCUCGCUGUUUGUCGCUACCAGCGCGUUUGAGGUUAUUGUCAAGAAGCAGAUCAGGCGGCUCGAGGACCCCUGCCUCAAGUGUGUGUCGAUGACCUACGACGAGCUCGUGCGCAUUGUCAACCAGCUGCUGAUGAAGCCCAAUUUUAAGCGCUUCCCCCAGCUGCGCGACCAGUUCAAUACUGUCGUUAUUACAUUCCUCAAGAACGCCAUGCUGCCGACCAACAGGCUUGUGCAGGACCUUGUCGCCAUGGAGCAGUGCUACAUCAACACGGCGCACCCCGACUUUAUCAGCGGCCAGCGCGCCAUCGCCAUUGUCAAUGACCGUAUGCACCCGCCCAAGCCCGUGCAGCCGGGUGCGCCGGCCACCGGGCGGCAGUCCGUGUCCAUCAACGAGCGCAGCUUGGAUGAUGAGAUGAAUGUGCCCAAGGAUGGUGGGUUCUUCGGGUCGUUCUGGCAGAACAAGAAGAAGAGGCAGCCAAUGAUGGAGUCACCGCCGCAGGUUCUCAAGGCCUCGGGCACUUUGUCUGAGCGCGAGCAGCAGGAGACAGAGGUCAUCAAGCUCUUGAUCCAGUCAUACUUUAACAUUGUCAAGCGCACGACAAUCGACAUGGUGCCUAAAUCCAUUAUGCUUAAGCUUGUUGCCUUUGCCAAGGAGGGCCUGCAGCGUGAGUUGCUCAAGGAGCUGUAUAACCCUGAGGCACUCGCGGAUUUGCUCAAGGAGAGCGAGUCGACGGUUGCUCGCCGUAAUGAGUGCAAGAAGAUGAUUGAUGCAUUGAAGAAGGCUGACACUAUUGUUUCUUCAGUGUAGAUGUGAAGCAUAUUUUUCUUUUCUUGUUUUGUUGUUUGCGCUGCGCAUAAUUUAUACAUUUUUCUAAUAUUGUCUCGCACACAUAACUUUUCUUUAUCGCGCAUGAUAUUUACAGAAAAUGGGUGGUCUCUUGAUGAAAAGAAAAAAUGAAAUAUGAAUGCCA